UUCACCACCAUCCACCUACCCUCACCACCAAAGAUACAAAAUAUAAAGAAAAGAAACGAAAAGAAAAAUGACCUCCCCCCUCCCACCCCUCACCCAACCCACCACAUCCGCCAAACCCCAAGGAACAAACAACAUGCACAACCACCUCCCCCGCAUCACCAUCAAAUACUGCACCCAAUGUAAAUGGUUACUGCGCGCUGCAUACUUCGCCCAAGAACUCCUCUCCACAUUCAGCACCCAACUCGGCGAAGUAGCUCUCGUUCCUGCCACGGGAGGUGUGUUUACUGUUACGAUGUAUCACUCUUCUACUUCUACAUCUACGGGCACAGCACAAGGUGAAGUGGUAGCAGCAACAGGUAAUGGUGAUGAGGAGGAAGAUAUCACCGAGAUUAUUCUCUGGGAUAGGAAGACGAAUGGGGGGUUUCCUGAAGUCAAAGUGUUGAAAAGUCUGGUGAGGAAUGUCGUCGAUCCCAGUAGGGAUUUGGGACAUACGGAUCGGGCCUUGAGGGCUGCGAAUGUGCCGGUGCAGAGUCAGGAAGGGGGUGAGAUGAAGGUUGUGGGGAAGAGUGAGGAACAGGGUUCUACUGCUGCUGCUGCUACGAAAGGUGACAAGUGUGAGGAGUGUCAGUGAUCAUCUACUCAACAAUAG